AAGAGUCGGACACAUUUCCGCCUGUGACGUGGUGCAGAAGAAGAAGAAGGGAAUUUCUCUAUUCCACUGGUUUCGCGGUUUGGAAGACACACCUAGUCAGUCAGUCAGUCGUCAGUCCUGAUCGGUUUUUCGUUUGAUCUUCUCCGAAUACAUAAGACCGUUUAUUACCUAUGUCAUUAAUACUAUAAUUUUCGCUUUAAUCGUGGACGGCUACGGAAAGUUUUGCUUUCAGGCGGGUUAUUGUAGCUAACGUUAGUUAGCUUCCUAGCUGCUAUCAAGAAAGCAACAAGGAAAGCAAGCUGUCAAAUCUUUGAGAAGAGGUUGUCCACCCCCGAAUCGCCAUGAAGCUGUACAGCCUCAGCGUCCUUCACAAAGGCUCCACCAAGGCGAACCUUCUCAAGGCUGCCUACGACCUCUCCUCUUUCAGCUUCUUCCAGCGGUCCAGUGUACAGGAGUUCAUGACAUUCACCAGUGCCUUAAUUGUGGAGCGCAGUGCUCAAGGUAGCCGAGCCUCAGUCAAAGAACAAGAGUACCUGUGUCACGUGUACGUGCGAAACGACUCGCUGGGCGCCGUGGUGAUAGCGGACAACGAGUACCCGUCCAGGGUGUGCUUCACGCUCCUGGAUAAGGUACUGGAUGAAUUCUCCAGACAAGUGGACAGCGUAGACUGGCCCUCUGGCUCUCCUGCCACCAUCCAGUACGCAGCCUUGGAGAGUUAUCUCGCCAAGUACCAGAAUCCUCGGGAGGCAGACGCCAUGACCAAAGUGCAGGCUGAGCUGGAUGAGACCAAAAUCAUUUUGCACAACACCAUGGAGUCACUCUUGGAGAGGGGGGAGAAGCUGGACGACCUGGUGCAGAAGUCGGAACACUUGGGAAACCAGUCCAAGGCCUUCUACAAGACCGCGCGGAAGCAGAACUCGUGCUGUGAGGUAAUGUGAGGACGGCGGACUCUGCUCUAAGGACUCCACUCUCUCGGACCACUCCUUCACCACCGCCUCCCACCGCCCACCCGUCCGCCCGCCCUCCGACCGGCCCUCGAAACACAGCCCUGGGGCGGGGGGGCUCUGACCUGCUGCUUCACAGUCCUGGGGGGAAAGGGGGGGGGGGCG